AUGGGCAAGCUUCUGAUUUGUGUUGGACUGGCUCUCCUGCUGCACGUGCAGCUAGGAUCCUCCUACAUCCUGUCAUGUUACUUCACCAACUGGGGACAGUAUAGACCUGGAGCCGGAAAGUACAUGCCCACCAAUGUUGACCCAUGCUUGUGUGACCAUCUGAUUUAUGCUUUUGCUGGAAUGAACAACAAUGAGAUUGCAACAUAUGAGUGGGAUGAUGUGAAGCUUUAUGGAGAGUUCCAGGCCUUGAAGAACCAAAACAGCAACCUGAAGACCCUUCUGGCUAUCGGUGGCUGGAACUUCGGCACUGCCAAGUUCUCUGCUAUGGUGGCCACCUCUGCUACCCGUCAGACUUUCAUCAGCUCUGUGAUUAAGUUCCUGAGGCAGUAUGAGUUUGAUGGUCUGGACAUUGACUGGGAGUAUCCUGGUUCCCGUGGUAGCCCUUCUCAGGACAAACAACUCUUCACCACCUUGGUUCAGGAAAUGAUGGCUGCCUUUGUGGCUGAGGGCAAACAGACCAACCGUCCUCGUCUUUUGUUGACUGCUGCAGUCUCUGCUGGCAAAGCUACCAUCGAAUCUGGAUACCAGAUCGCUCAGAUUGGCCAGGUCCUAGACUACUUCCAUGUCAUGACAUAUGAUUUCAAUGGGCCUUGGGAGCAAAAGACUGGUGAGAACAGCCCUCUGUAUGCUGGACCAUCUGACCAGGGAUCUUACAUCUACUUCAAUGUGAACUAUGCUAUGAACUACUGGAAGAGCAAUGGUGCUCCUGCUGAGAAGCUUCUUGUUGGAUUCCCCACCUAUGGACACACCUUCAAGCUGGCUAGCUCUGCCAACACUGGUGUGGGAGCUCCCACUGCUGGACCUGGACCUGCUGGACCUUACACCAGGCAAGCUGGAUUCUGGGCUUACUAUGAGAUCUGUACCUUCCUGUCUCAAGGAGCCACUCAGGCUUGGGAUGCCCCUCAGGAUGUGCCAUAUGCCUACAACAGUCAGAAUGUUUGGGUUGGCUAUGACAACAUCAAGAGCUUCCAGAUCAAGCUUAACUGGUUGAAGAAAAGCAACUUUGGAGGUGCGAUGGUGUGGUCUCUGGACCUGGAUGACUUCAGUGGCACCUUCUGCAAACAGGGCAAAUACCCUCUGAUCAACACCAUCAAGACUGCCCUGGGAACUGGCCAGAGUUGCUCAGCUCCUUCCCAGCCUCUGCCCCCUGUAACUCCUGCCCCUGCUACUCAGGCCCCUGUUCCUCCUAGUGGUGGUGGUAGCAGCAGUGGUGGUAGCAGCAGUGGUGGUAGCAGCAGUGGUGGUAGCAGCAGUGGCAGCGGCUUCUGUGCUGGCAAGGCUGAUGGACUUUACCCCGAUCCCAGCAGCAAGAACGAGUUCUACAACUGCGCCGAUGGUAAGACCUACCUCGAGCACUGUGCCGCUGGCCUGGUCUUUGAUACUAGCUGCUCUUGCUGUAACUGGUCUUAA